GUUUUUGCAGCGUCCAGUAAACCUCACACACUCAACACAAGACCUCCAAAAACCUCUCUUAACCCUCUCGCUUAUACAACGAAACGAUGUUGAUCCGUCGCUCUGCACUCACCAAAACCCUAAACCUCCACCGCCGCUUCUUUUCUCAGGCGGCCGCCGCUGCCGUAAUCCACGACGACCCAGUAGCUCCACUUACGUAUCUCGACGGGUUUCCUAGACCCGACCCGAAAUACGCCGAAACCAUACUCGCAAUACCUCGCGCUGUCUCCGGCUCCAAAAUCUCGGCCAAAGAGAGGAAGGCGGGUCGAGUGCCCAGCAUCGUUUUUGAACAAGAGGACGGUCAACACGGAGGUAAUAAACGGCUCAUUUCGGUUCGGACUAAUCAAAUCAGAAAGCUGGUUACACAGCUGGGCCGGUCUUUUUUUCUGUCCAGAUUAUUUGAUCUUGAAAUUCGCCCUGAGUUUGAGUCCGAUGAUAUCGUUGAGAAAGUCCGGGUCUUACCUAGAAAGAUACAUUUACACGCGGGCACGGAUGCGCCGCUUAAUGUGACAUUUCUAAGGGCACCUUCGAAUGCUUUACUGAAGAUCGAUGUUCCACUUGCUUACAGAGGAGAUGAUGUGUCUCCGGGGCUAAGAAAGGGGGCUUACUUGAAUAUCAUCAAGAGGACUGUAAAGUUCCUUUGCCCAGCAGACAUCAUCCCUCCUUAUAUUGAUGUGGAUCUGAGUGAGUUGGAUGUGGAACAGAAAUUGGUCAUGGGGGAUCUUAAGGUUCAUCCAGCAUUAAAACCAUUGCAGCCAAUGGACCACCCCGUUUGUAAGAUAAUGGGAGUCAGGGUUUCUGAUCAGAGGAAAAAGUAGAUAACCAUUAGUUCAGAAUUUUGAGCCUACAAUUAAAAUUUAGUCCCGGUUUCAAUAGGACAAUGUCACAAUGGCAAGUGAAGAUAUGUGUUUCCAUUUGUUCAUUAGAUGGUCAUAAUUAUGUAAUACCAGUCGAGGACAGAUCAAGAAUCUGGAUUAACUCUUAUCUCCCUUUUGAGUGAGAUUUUGAUGGAAGCAAGCAGAUAUUGAUUGAGAAUUUUUCACUUAAUAAUACAGUUGGUGAUUCCUUAUUA